AUGGUAAAAGCAGGCAUCUUGGAAAAAGUCGAGUCUUCGAAUUGGGCAACGCCAAUCGUACCGGUUUUAAAAAAAAACGGCGGAAUUAGAAUUUGCGGUGACUACAGUAUAACAGUCAAUCCGUCUUUAAUUAUAGAUGAGCACCCCUUGCCCACAAUGGAAGAAUUGUUCGCAUCUAUGUCGGGAGGCACGAUUUUUUCAAAAAUAGAUUUAAAACAAGCAUAUUUGCAGUUACCGGUCGCGGAAUCUGAUAGAGAGAUUUUAACAUUAAGUACACAUAAAGGUCUAUAUAAAUGCAACCGAUUAAUGUACGGAGUGGCAUCUGCACCCGCGAUAUGGCAAAGGACAAUGGAAAAUAUACUGUGCGGAAUACCGGGGUGGCUAUAUUUUUAG